CUAAUCGUCAGGCCUUCCUCUUCAUGCGAAUCGCUACUGCUGCUGCUGCAUAAAUCAAAGGGUCAACUCCGACCACGAUUCCGGAAACAUAAACGCCCUCUUCCCUUCUUCCUCCGGUCCUUUCCCCCUUGUCCUAACCCCGCCGCCGUCUCCUCCUCCCACCUCGCCUCGCGCCCGCCCCCUGAAUUCCGAUAAUUAAAGAAAAGCCCUCUUUUUAGAUCUCCCGCACCGCCUCUCGUUCCUCUUGCCAGCGCGGGACUUCGAGUUUCCAUGUUGUGACCUGCCCCUGCCCGUCGAUCGAAUCUGUCUGUAUAUGGAUCGCGGCCGCCUCUCUGGCUGCGACUGUUGGAUUGGAAGCGGUGGCGAUCGCAGAAGAGAAGGGCCGGAGACCGAGUGGAAGGAGGCUCGCCCCUUGUCAUGACAUGGCCGCCUCCGGUGGUUCCCAGCACCGCUGCGUCUUCGUUGGUAACAUACCGUAUGAUGCAACGGAGGAGCAGCUUAUUCAGAUAUGCGAGGAAGUUGGCCCCGUGGUGUCCUUCAGGUUGGUAUUUGAUAGAGAAACUGGAAAACCCAAAGGUUAUGGGUUUUGUGAGUAUAAAGAUGAAGAAACAGCUCUGAGUGCUCGCCGCAACCUUCAGGGCUAUGAGAUAAAUGGUCGUCAGUUACGAGUUGACUUUGCCGAAAAUGAUAAAAAUGCUGACCGUAACAGGGAGCAGGGUCGUGGUGGACCAGGAUUGGCGUCAAGUGCUGAUGUUCAAAAACAAUUUAGUGGAGCCCCUAUCUUGGGUGAUUCAACUCUUCAUCAACCACUAGGGCUUCCAUUAGCUGCAACCGCUGCUUCUGUCAUGGCUGGAGUUCUCGGUGGAGCUCAGACUUCUAAUGCACAAAAUGUGUUACAGAGCCAACCUGGAGUAGGAAAUGAUCCCUUGACUCACUAUCUGUCUAGAUUAUCUAAACACCAAAUGCAUGAAAUUAUGUCUGAGAUGAAGGCCCUGACUGCUAAGAACAAGGCUCUAGCUCACCAACUUUUGCAAGCAAGUCCACAGUUGUCCAAAGCUCUUUUUCAGGCACAGAUAAUGCUUCGCAUGGUUACACCACAGAUGAUGCAGAUGGCAGGGAGUGGCCAAUCAUCAAUUUCAACCUCUCAAAUUUCAUCCCAUCUUGGGCAGGCAUCUUCACAAACACUAGGUGGAAAGUUGUCUAAGCCACCUGAGACUCUAGUGCCAAUCACAUCACAGAGCCCCGUAAUCCUCAAACAGGCUUCGUUACCUAUUCAGCAAGUCCAUGUUCAACCUCAAUACCAGCUCCCACCACUGCCACAAGGUCAAGUGUUACAAGGAACUUUACCAUCAAGCUGGCCUCAAUCUAUUGAUGGUGUUCCACUUCAGCCUUCUCCUUUAUCAUCAUCCAUAUGCCCGAUAUCACAGAGUCAAACCCCUCUUUCACAGCAGCCAGUACCAACUGUUGCAAGUUUAACGCAUCAUCCUCAGCUGGCACAUCCAAAUACUGCUCUGCAACAGGCAAACUUGUCACGCCCAUCUAUUUCUCAGACUGGCUUGUCAAAUGUUCAACCACCGUCAGUUGGAUUAGAGACACUUCCAAGACAAAUUUCAACAUCUUCUGCAGAUUCAGUCCGGACUUCAAGAAUCAAUACACAAAGUUUAAGUGGGGGACCAGCAGAUCGAACAAGUAUGGCAGCUCAUAUUUUGGAACCAAUAAGUUAUCCUCCUGCAAAAUUACGAAGGUUAGAAGAUGGAAGUGGUGCCACGCAAACAUUGAUCAUUAAUCCUGCUGUUAAUAAUGCUGCACUUCGAACACUUGGAUCUGGCACAGUUGCUGGGAGUCAAACCAUCGUAACAGAUUCGGUUGGACAUUCUGAGAAGCAGAUGCCUCAGAUUCCACCUGAAGUAGAGUCAGCUCUACUGCAGCAAGUACUGAGUCUAACACCAGAACAGUUGAGUUCGUUACCGUUAGAGCAGCAACAGCAAGUGCUUCAGCUCCAGCAGAUGUUAUCAGCUAGCAAAUAGUGUAGCUUGAUUUAGCCGAUCCCUCAGCCGUCCUUGUUGGUUGUGUUAUGUGCAUUCAUUCUUUGAUUUAUAAGAUGUUGGAGAGGAAGAGAAAGCAUAAGGGUCUAUCACCCACCACCUGUGGACCGAACAAUGCAAGGUUUUGUUUCCUUGCUUACAUGUAACACUAGGCGAUAAUUUAUAGCCUUUGAAUUCCUUUUUUUCUCUCUCCUUCCUUCCACCAGGUGGUGCCAAUUGCUUAAUGUUCAAAAAUCUUACAAGGAUUAUGAAAGCAACAAUGUUUGUGACAA